CUUGCUAAAUAUAUUAUCAAUCGUCCAGCGGACUAACUGCGGGAAAAACAAAACAAACAAAAUGUCAACAGAAGAAAACUUUGAGCAAUUAACACAUUGUCAGAGGUUGAAAGCAGCUGUACACCAUACAACACUGAGGGUAUGUAAAGAAAGUGUUGAGGGAAAAGAUGUAGAACUGAACAGAAUGGUGGUUGCUGCAAUCUCAGAAGCCACAUGGAAAAGAUUUGAAACAUGGGCCACAGAUCUUGAGAUGUUUGCAAAACAUGGAAAAAGAUCAACAGUAAAUGCAGAUGACGUGAAGAUGUUGAUCCGGAAAAGUCCAAAAUUAUUAGAGCAUAUAAACAUGCUACAGGAGCAGAUGAAUGCAUCUAAGGGAGAAACUAAGAAGAAAACAAAGAAGACAAAGUCAAAAGAUACAACAGCACAAACAUCAAGUACUGUUACACAAAUGGAUAUUGAUGAAGACAGUAGGACUUGAUAUUUGAGGAGUUGAUAUGCCUGUGCCUAUGUGUGUUUGUGUUUUGUUGUACAUAAUCAGGAACUGAACACAUUGUAGAUUUGGAUGGAAACCAAUGUAGAUUUGGAUGGAAAGUGGCCUUAAUAGCAGAAUCAUAUUACUGCUGAAGUUCUAAGAUGUUACAGCUUUGUGAAUUAAAGAACUGCAUGAUUUUAAAAAGUGCAUUUGUUGAGCUCGUUGGCUGCAGAGGAACAUUUGUCAUACUACUACAAUAUCACAGUUUCAGUUAGGAAGGCUUUUGUAACCACUCUUUCAUCAGUUGAAUGAUGCUGUUACUAAGAAAUAUGAGAUAAAGCUAAAAUUUCAAAAGUUUGCGUGUAAGCAGGUUUCUCAGAAACUUUUAGGCAAAAUACUAUCAACUUCACACUUGUCUUUGGUUAACUUCAUAGGAUAAGUUAAUAACUCUAGCUUCUGUUUUGUGAAUCUUAGGCCCCUUAUCAACUUUAAAUUCUGGGUAAAUCUUUGCCUGAAAAUAGGUUUCUCAAAACCUGCUAGGCCAAAUGCUUUCAAACUUCACACAUUUCUUUGGCAUCAUGGGGACUUCACAUGAUAAGUUACAUAACUGAAUAUCACUGUAUCUUAUGUAAUUGAAACUAUGCACACUUGUUUUUCAUCAUAAGGAGACUAUGUAGGCCAAGAUCUAUAACUUUGAUAUGCAUUUUGUUAGAAUUAUUGCCCUUUUUCUUGGUUAAAAUUGUGGUUUAGGUCCACUUUACCCAAAAACUGCAAGAGCUGCAGCUUUGAAACUUUACAGACUUAAUUCUCAUUAUUAGAUGAGUAAGUAGACCAAGAACCAUAACUCUAACCUGCAUUUUUUCAGAAUUGUGGCCCCUUUUGUUCUUAGAAAAUCAGUAUUUCUUGGUUGUUUUUGUUUAAGUUCACUUUUCUUGAAUACUAACUAUAGCUUUGAGAAAGAAGUCCAAUAACUGUAAUUCUUUUAUUACAUAUUGUCCAGCACUUGCAGAUGAGCGAUGGCACUCGCAGGUGGUACUCUUGUUAAUAUUUACAUUCUUUUCCAUUGAAAUUAUGACCAUCAUUCUGCGAAUAGUUGUGGAGAACAUUCCUUAGAUGACAUCCAAUUUAUUCAGUCUUAUGAACAGAAUGGCCAGGAAGCUGAUUUUAAUGCUAAAUGCAACAAAAUGUGUGGAAUUUAUAAUAUAACCUUGUUUAGAAUUGGAAAGGAAAUAAAAUGUAAAUAUAUGUAUAAGAAA